GACGUUUUCAAUAAUUAAUCCCGCCAGGGGGGUUUUCAAGUUUCAACUCGAUCUCUGCUAACUGCAGUCCGACUGCAGUGAAGCAAUGGGUUCCAAGGCAGGGGGAAGUUCGGUUGAUUUAUGGUCAAAAAUCGUAGGUGCAGAUGCACCACAACAGCAGCAGCAACAAAUCGAGGUGGUCUACAGAAGAAGAAAAACCCAGAACAACCAAAAGGACUUGAACUUAAAGCAUUCUGAUUUCGGUCGCCCGCCUGCGAAUCGCGUGAGUUUGGUCGACCCAAACAAGCGAGUCAGUUGGAAUCGAUCUCUUUCGACAAGAGGGAGGACAAGUAUAGCUGUUGGAGCUUGUAUGGUUUAUCAGCCUGAAUUAAAGAAGGAAAAAAGAAAAGGAAGACCUGCUCUUCCCAAAGGAAAAUUGGUAGCACAUCCUAACUUUGAGAAGGAGAGAGCAUACUUUGAAGAGGUUGAUGCUUUUGAGUUGUUAGAGGAGAGUCCCUCGCCCAAGAAAGUUGGUACAUGGACCCUAGGCAAUGAAAAUUAUAAUGGUCAACUGCCUCAUCUAUGCUCAAGAUUAGAAAAAUGGUUACUGUCCAGGAAAUUGAAUCUCAGUUGUGGUCCUUCUAGCACGCUGUCUAAGAUAUUAGAUACUCCAGCCAGGGGAUUGGAGACUAUUUAUGAUAUUGAUUUUUGUUUAGAUCCAAGAACUUCUGAAAAAUCUGCGGAAGUUGAUCCACAUCUUCAUACAAUCAUCACUGAAGGCAGAAGUAUUAUUGUCGACAAUGGUCUAUUUGAGGCGGACAUCGAUUUGCGAACUGAUAAAAUGUCCAUUCAAGAUGAUGAAGAUUCUGCAAAUUUAGAAGCUGCUGUUAAGAAGCUCUCACUGACAUCGUCAUCAGCUUUGGCAGAUGAACAUUUUAGUCCAUUUGCUGCUUUAUUGGAAAUAUGUGGACAGUCUGUGCCCUCGAAGUUUCAAGACGUGCUAUCUGAGUAUUGUGAUCCUGAAACAAUCGUCAAAAUUGGUGAAGGAACGUAUGGAGAAGCUUUCAAGAUUGGCAGCUACGUUUGUAAAAUUGUUCCUAUUGACGGGAACUUCAGAGUGAAUGGGGAAGUUCAAAAGAGAUCAGAAGAACUGCUGGAGGAGGUGGUUCUUUCGAAAACGCUGAACUAUUUGAGGAAAAAUGAUGGAGACGCUCAUAAUUCUUGCGGAAUAUUCAUUGAAACAUUAAAAUUUAGUGUAUGCCAAGGAUCCUACGAUGCUUCAUUGAUUCAAGCAUGGGAGAAUUGGGAUAAAAAUCAUGGUUCAGAGAAUGAUCACCCGGAAGUGUUUCCAGAGAAACAGUGUUAUGUGGUGUUCGUAUUACGACAUGGUGGCAAGGAUCUUGAAAGCUUUGCACUUUUGAAUUUUGACGAGGCAAGGAGUUUACUAGUUCAGGCCACUGCUGGGCUUGCUGUGGCUGAAUCUGCAUAUGAAUUUGAACAUCGAGAUCUUCACUGGGGAAACAUUCUUUUAAGUCGAAGCGACUCAAAGGCAUUGCAGUUCACUCUUGAUGGCAGGCACAUGCUUGUUAAAACAUAUGGACUGAUCAUAUCUAUUAUUGACUUCACUCUGUCGCGAAUAAACACAGGCGAUGAUGUACACUUCUUGGAUCUUUCAUCAGAUCCCGAUCUAUUUAAAGGUCCUAAAGGGGACAAACAGUCAGAAACAUACAGGAAGAUGAAGGAGGUAACAGAAGAUUGGUGGGAAGGAAGUUUUCCUAGAACAAACGUGCUGUGGUUGAUCUACUUGGUCGAUAUACUGCUGACGAAGAAAUCAUUUGAACGUACUUCAAAGAAUGAGAGAGAUCUGCGUUCCUUGAAGAAACGCCUGGACAAGUAUAAUUCAGCCAAGGAAGCAAUGUCCGAUUCUUUCUUCGAUGACUUGUUGGUUGUGGAUGGUACUUAAGCUACGCACGACAGAGGUAGAAAAGACGUGAUCAGCAAGAAGUAUGUAAAUUUUGGCGUUUCACCCUUGGUUUUUGGAGUUGGUAAAAGUGUGUAUAUAAAAGUUGAAUAUCAAGUACGGCUCUUGUUACCGAACUGUCGUCAUUUAUGACUGAUGACAUGAAAAGAGAGUGACGUUAAAGGCCUUAUCUAAUUAGAUAUUUUAGAUUUUGUAUCAGAUGACCUCGAAGAAAAAAGAAAGGGAGGGAAGGAAGAUGAGGCUGCUAAGGAAAAGAGGAGAUAUAAAGGAGGCGAGAUUGUAGAUCAAGGAUUAAUAUUGAUAAGCUGACUGUGCUUUAUAUGUUGUAAACCGAAUCUCGCAUGAUAUGUUUGCACUGUGAUCGUGUCAUUGUGUGGCAUUGUGCACUUACACCUCUUGCUGAUCUCGCUCCACUUGCCUUUUCCCUUUGAAUCCCCUUUUCCCGCCAUCUGCACCAAAUACUUUAUUAGUUUAUUUCAUUGCCCAUGUGAAAGCUUACUUAUUGGUACUGUUGACUGCCAGUUUCUCUAAAGCGGUGUCUCAACCCAGUUGUUACUUGGGAAAAAAGAAAAAUAAAUAAAUAAAACACU